AUGAAGUUCCUCGGCAACCUCCUCGCUGCCGCGUCGCUCAUCGCGUAUGCGGUGGCUAGCCCGACCCCUGAUGCCGAAGCUGCAGCGGAAGCAGAAGCAGAAGGCGGCACAGUCAGGCUCGCAAAGCGCGCCGAGGGCAUCCAUCUCGUUAACUGCUACGGGAGCGGUACCUUCUCCUACUCUACUGUCGUGUACUGCAGCAACGACAGCAACUGCAACCGCUACCCCAACGGCAACGAUCGGUGCAAUCCCAACAACAACAACAUCGUUACCUGGGAAGGGCGUUCCCAGAGCUGCACGUUCGGUACUAACGUUGCCUUCUCCUGGAACAUCAACGCCAAUGCUCAACAGCAAGCCAACUAUGCCAGAGUUGGUUCUGGCAGCAACAACUUCCGCAGUUUCAGUGUCUUCAAGGAUGAUCAGCACGUCAUGUAUUCUGAUCUUGAUGGAAGACAGUGCCGGAGCAUUUACUACGCUCUCUAG